GCAUUCAGCCUCUCUCGACCCGCAACCGCCACCACUCACCGCCGCCCCAAGUCAACCUCAAGUCCCUCCUCUCCCUCCUCCAUCGCUGCAGCACCUCCCCCACCCUCCUCCCCCAAUUCCACGCCCAGAUCCUCAAGUCCGCCCACUCCCACCACCCGUUCCUCCUCACCCGCCUCGCCCACACCUACCUGUCCGCCUCGCUACUCCCGGCCGCGCAAACCAUCCUCAAUUCCUUCCCCAACCCUCCGCCCCUGUUCCUGUGGAACGAGACCAUCAAGGCCUAUUCCCGCAACGGCCGCUUCCGCUCCGCCAUCGACGUGUACCACCGGAUGCUCUCCCUCGGCGUCUGCCCCAACGAGUUCACCUUCACCUUCGUCCUCCCGGCCUGCGCCGGCGCGCGGGACGCCGACGAAGGCCGGAGGAUCCACGAGGACGUGCUCAGCUUCGGUUGCGGCUCCAACAUCUUCGUCGUCACGGCGCUCGUUGAUAUGUACGGAAAGUGCGGAGACGUCGGCUUGGCCCGGAGGGUGUUCGACGGAAUGCCUGUCAGGGGUGCCCCUAGCUUCAAUGCCCUAAUUUCUGGGUAUGUCUCGAAUGGGGAGUAUGAGGAAGCAAUUUCCAUAUUCAACCAAAUGCAGCAAUCUGGAGUGGAAUUUGAUGCGAUGACGAUGGUAGGCGUCCUGCAAGCUUGUUCCCAUUUAGGGACCCUCCAACGGGGGAAAUGGAUUCACGAGCAAGUCUUGCAGACCAACAUGGAUAUCAGCAUCCAUUUGGGUGCAGCUCUGAUAACGAUGUAUGCCCGGUGUGGUAGCAUCACCGAUGCACAAAGAACAUUCGACGGUAUGCCCGAAAGAGAUUUGAUCUGUUGGACAGCCAUCAUCUCUGGAUACGGGAUGCAUGGUCUAGCAAAAGACGCAGAGGUUCUUUUCAAUGAAAUGGUGGCAUCUUGAGUUAAGCCAGAUGCCCCUGAGGAGAGGUUUGGCUUAAACAUACUGCCAAAUGAAUGAAGAAAAAUAGAAGGGUUAAGAUGGUGAAGUUGACAAUGAUAGCACGUGUUACUGAUGGCUUACCAUUAGCUGAAGGAUUGGAUGAUGGUCGUGACCAGAAAGAUGCAGACUUUUAUAAGCAGCAAGCUAAGCUUUUAUUUAAGAACCUGUCGAAGGGUCAUUAUGAGGCUUCUAGAAUGUCAAUCGAGACUGGUCCAUACUUCUUCCACUACAUUAUUGAGGGGCGUGUUUGUUACCUUACAAUGUGUGAUCGGUCUUACCCAAAGAAGCUUGCUUUUCAAUACCUGGAAGACCUCAAGAAUGAGUUUGAGAGAGUCAACGGGAAUCAGAUCGAAACUGCCGCAAGACCUUAUGCUUUUAUCAAGUUUGAUACUUUCAUACAGAAGACCAAGAAGCUUUAUUUGGAUACUCGCACUCGGCGAAAUAUUGCUAAGCUGAAUGAUGAACUGUACGAAGUCCACCAAAUAAUGACUCGCAAUGUACAGGAGGUUCUUGGUGUUGGUGAAAAGUUAGACCAGGUGAGUCAAUUAUCAAGCAGGUUGACGUCUGAGUCUCGAAUAUACGCUGAUAAGGCUAAAGAUCUAAAUCGACAGGCUUUUAUUCGAAAAUGGGCUCCUGUCGUCAUUGUUCUUGGAGUAGUAAUGUUUCUCUUUUUUAUUAGAAAGAAAGUAUGGUGAAUCCAAUGUUGAGAUCCCAUCUCAUGUUGUCUCCAUCAUGUGCCAGUUUUGUGGUUUUGCCCAUAUCAAUAUACCUUUAGAAUAUAACAAAAAUGGAGAUUGUUCAGGCCAUAUAACUGCAAUUAGGCACACUCAUCUCCCAGUGAGAACUAUCAUGUGUCAAAUUCUACUGCAAUAUUAGUUCCAUUUUCUAAAA